UUUUAGUGUUUCAUUUUUGUAAACAAAUUUACAAUCAGAAAUUUUUUACUUUCUUUUUGUCCUACACAUACUUAAAUGUUGUCUUCUUAAAAAUGAAUUUAUAUUGCUUUCUGACUUUUGCAUUGCUGCUUACGCAUAGCAAGUCCGCCGAUAUUGUUAAACCGGCGCCCAUAGACAGCACGAAAGUUAACUAUCUUGAGGCGGGCGAAACAUUCAGCUAUGUGCCAAUUAGUAAACGGCGGGGUUUCUUUGAGAGAGAACUGCGAACUUAUUGCUAUAAGGGUGAGGACAAAACUUUGGGACGUCUUUUCGAGACGGUAGAAUUGAUUCUGGAGAUUGAGGGCGAUGAUUAUACUCAAUAUGACGGGGCCACACCAGAGGAUGUGCAGCAGCACUACGACGAUCAUCGUUCGCUGUUCAGUUUUAAUUUGUUUAGUCAAAAGCGUAGCCGUUUGACUUUGUCUCCCUUUGCUUCCAACUGCCUGGGCGUAGAGACCAUCGAACCAUACCGUAUACGUUUGCAUAGAAUACGUGUGGACUUUUGGCGUGUGAUACAAUUAUUAAUUGCCCUCAUUGCAUUUCAAUAUGCCGGAGGAUUGUCCAAUAAUUCAUUAUUCUAUUACAUCACUGGCGUGACGUUGGGUAUAUGCUCAUCAUUCAUGCUCCUGAUAUGGUUAUCGAGCAAAUUGGUUCCAAGAAAAACUAUGAUGUAUGGUGUCUUAAUUGGUGGCUGGACCAUUGGUUUAUAUGUCAUUCAGAUGUUAUGGGAAAAUCUACAAGUCAUCAUCGUCACAUAUCGUACCUAUGUUUUCUGGUAUAUUUUAGUUACCGGUAUUGUGUCUUUCUUUUUCUGCUAUCGCUGGGGUCCGCCAACCAAUAAACGUUCGAAAAAUAUUGUCAAAUGGUUGCUACAACUGAUGUCUUUGGUUCUCAUCUACUUAUCGAGCCAUUAUGAGGAGGCAACCGCUGCUUUUAUUAUAAUAGCCAUAAUAAUUCAUUACUUCCCUCGUUCGUUGUGGUAUAAAGGUCGUGCAUUUUGGUUGCGCAAAUUUCCACCCAAACGUCGUUUACUUACUAGUGAAGAAUACUAUGAACAAGGAGUACGAGAGACAACCAAAAGUUUGGAAGAAUUACGAAAAUUUGCCAGUAGUCCGGAAUGUCGCCAUUGGAGGCUUAUGAGCAAACUACGAGACCCAAUGCGCUUUGCAGCCUUCGUUGAGGGUGCUUCACACUUGCGUGAUGAGGAAAUACUUCACUAUGAAUCAUCCAGAAAUGGCGAUGAUGAUUCCGAUUCAGAUAUUAGUCUCAAUGAUAGUGAAGCUGAGGAAAAUAUCCAAUACCAUUAUGACAAAAGUCAGCGAUCUCAAAUGCGUCGUCAAACCCGCGAUGAUAUAAGUGAAGAUGAAGAUUUAAAUGAUGGCUACGAAGGUAGAGGUGUUGGCGAUAGUAUUUACAGAAGUGGCGUGUCUUUAAUGAGUAAUGAUAAAUCGCGGUAUAAUUAUAGCCGAACCUCAACAAACUCACCACCAAAACAAAGACUAAGAAAUUUAACUCCAACGACCACCAACUACCGUUCUUCCAGCUACUCAAGUGUUACACGUUCAGCUACCAGAAGAGCAUCUGCGCGUCGGGACGUUGAUGGAGAAUACAGUGAUGAGUGACUCUAAUUUAUUGAUAUAAGUACGUAUGUAAUAAAUGUCCAUGUGUUUGCUUACGCUACAGCUCAAACGUAAACAGUCAAUGUGUACAAAAUGGAGAACCUGACUUUUAUUUUCGUUGUUAAAAAUUCCCUAUUAUACUUUAUGUUUUUAUUGAAAUGCUUAA